AUGUGAAAGUCACUGAAACCUACUCUUUGAAUAAAUGUAAUUUUCUUCCAACAUUGGAUGUUGCCCUUACAACACUGAGUUCACUUCACACAGACUCCCAGAGCAUCACCGUGUGAUAAUGAAGUGAUGAGGUGUGUUUAGAUGAGUGUCUGGCUCUGAAAUCCACUGACCAGUAGAUGGGGCUAUAGCAGGAGAAGCCAGAAUCCAGCUCUGUGUACCAGCUACAGGAAAGUAGGCUGUAUAUUUCUGACAGUGUCUUUGUGUACGUUCCACCCCUUAUUGUGUCUUUAGACUGUCAGAUUAGCUGUCAACUGAUGAGAGGUGACAUUCAUAGAGUUUGUACUUCCUUCUCUUGAACUGUGUCUGAACGAUGAUGAAUAUGACCUUGGGAAUGUCACCUCGGCUCAGCCUUUCACCUGUACUGUCAUUCUAGAUGAUUGACGUCUGUAGUUUCCACCUGCGACUCAGCCCUCCUGGCCGGACCGUAUAUAAGAGAUCACACAGGUUGAGGACUCCACAUCACCGAGACUUCUACUACCACAGGUUCAUACUGACCUACAGAGCCUCUGCUGUGACCAUCAUCCACACAUCAGACCACCGUCCAGACAGACGGAGACAUCUGAGACACCGGCAGAAGCAGACCGAGAAUGUCACAUGACUGGUACCGGAUGAGAGGGGCCACAUGAUGAACUCUAGAAUGUCACAUGACUGUCAUCUGAUGAGAGGUGCCACAUGAUGACCUACAGAAUGUCACAUGACUGUCACCUGAUGAGAGGUGCCACAUGAUGAACUACAGAAUGUCACAUGACUGUCACCGGAUGAGAGGGGCCACAUGAUGAACUACAGAAUGUCACAUGACUGUCACCUGAUGAGAGGAAAGAUGGCAUGUCAUUCAUUCAUGGAUGUGUCACCUUAACAAUGCCCCUUUUUCUAAGAACCAAGUUCAGGAGGAAGCAGAAUAAAUUGAGAUUGAGAUGAUGGGAAACUACAAUGAGUUGAUGAUUGACGUCUGUAGUUUCCACCUGCGACUCAGCCCUCCUGGCCGGACCGUAUAUAAGAGAUCACACAGGUUGAGGACUCCACAUCACCGAGACUUCUACUACCACAGGUUCAUACUGACCUACAGAGCCUCUGCUGUGACCAUCAUCCACACAUCAGACCACCGUCCAGACAGACGGAGACAUCUGAGACACCGGCAGAAGCAGACAGAGCCUUUACAGGAGCAGUGGUAGGCUUUCGGACAGAUCACACCAGGGGACAGUGGUUCUUCAAGUCUGACCCACUUCAGGUUAUAAAAACAGCCUUCACCCAGUGGAGUUGACACAGUCAGGACUGGCGUGUACAGCAGCCAACCCAGAGAUGAGUGUGUCAACGUGUCAGAUGAAGGAGCGUUACAACCAGCAGGGAUUCCUCUCUGCUGUACCGGUCCUAGACGACACAGAGCUGAGGGAGGCCAGACAGGCCUUCAACCACCUGGAGAGAGAGUUUGGUGAGGAGUAUACCCAGUACAGUCUCCACAAUGUGCACCUGAAGUACCCCUGGGUGAUGGGCCUGGCCAAACACCCCCACAUCCUACAGGUGGUACAGUCCAUCCUGGGCUCUGAUGUCAUCCUGCUAGACUCACGCUUCAUCUGCAAGUACCCAACAACCCCCACACCCCACCCCACAGCCACACAGGCAGGAAAUGAUGCCAUAACUCUGACCAGUGAGGAGGCAGUGAGGUCAUCAGAGAAGGACCAGCAGAGUGAGACUGGACUGCCCUUCGUGGCCUGGCACCAGGAUAUGAGGUACUGGGGAAUAGCUGGGGGUCCAGUCCUGUCGGUGUGGCUGGCUCUAGAUGAUUCACUGGCAGAAAACGGAGCCCUGAAGGUCAUCCCAGGAAGCCACUGCUCUGGCAUGCUGCCCCACCACCUCGCCUCCCGCCCCGGAAACAUGCUGUCAGUCAACCAGGAGAUCCCUGAGGAGCUGUUGCAAACGGAUAGCGCUCUACUCUGCCCCCUGCUGGCUGGGCAGAUGUCUAUCCAUGAUGGGUUCCUGGUCCACGCCAGUGACCCCAACACAUCCCAGAAGAGACGCUGUGGCUUUGUGAUCCGAUACGUCCCUACCUGUGCCUACCCUAUACAGGACCCAGACCGUCCCAGGCGUUUCCAUGCUACAGUGAUGGCCAGUGGAUCAGACCAGUUCAGUCACUUCUCCACCUUGCUGUGAUGAGCCUUACAGCACAACUACAACCAUAUCCAUAGAGAUCCCAUUACUGUAUUACUGUCUGAUACUUAGAGGAACCUCAUGAUACUGUAUUCACCUUGAUGACUUACUGCUGUGUUCACCUUGAUGAUAUCAGAUGAACAGUUUAAAAAUCACUUUUUGUACAUAGCCCCCCAUAUUAGGAGACCAAAAGUACUGGGACAAAUUCACUUCUAUGUAUUAAAGUAGUCAAAAGUUUAGUAUUUCGUCCCAUGUUCAUAGCACACAUUAACUAUAUCAAUCGUUUGACUCUACAAACUUGUUGGAUGCAUUUGUUGUUUGUUUUGGUUGAGUUUCAUUUUAUUUUGUGCCCAAUAUAAAUGUUAAAUAAUGGAGAUUAUAAUCGACUAUGUUUCUAAACACUUCUACAUUAACGUGGAUGUUAUCAUGAUUACGGAUAAUCCUGAAUGAAUCUUGAUUAAUGAUGAGUGAGAACCUUACAGACAAAAACAUCAUACUCUCCAAAAAUGCUAACCUUCCCUGUUAUUGUAAUGGUGAGAGGUUAGCAUGUCUUGGGGGUAUGAUAUAAAAUGCUAACCUCCCCUGUUGUUGUAAUGGUGAGAGGUUAGCAUGUCUUGGGGGUAUGAUAUAAAAUGCUAACCUCCCCUGUUAUUGUAAUGGUGGGAGGUUAGCAUGUCUUGGGGGUAUGAUAUAAAAUGCUAACCUCCCCUGUUAUUGUAAUGGUGGGAGGU